AUGGAAAACCCAGUAUUCAAUGAGCUCUUGGUCGCCCUCCCUGACUGGUCAGCACGACUAAAGGUAUUGUCCGCACGAUAUCCCGAGACGGUCACUCCCCAACCAUCACGGAAACGCGCCCCAUCACUCUCAAUAUGCGAGGAUGAACCCAUCCCACCAUGUGCCAGGGUGACACCCGCCGCAGAAGGGUCACAAGCCGUCACUACCGUCGUCGGACCACAUCCUCUAAAGCAAACGCCCGCAGCCGCAGCCGCGGCGGCUGCCGCGGCCGAGGAAAAGGAGAGGCUGCAGCAGAGGAAGGAAACCGAGGUACCGCAGGAAUGCCCCCCACCGCCGAAGCAGAUGUCUAAGAUGAACGCAAAGCCCACCCCUCCAAAAGCAAAGUUCUCGGCCAUCAACGGUCCCCAGAUAUACUAUGACGGCGAGGCGCAGAAGGCGCUGUUUGACUGCUGGACGACGCUCAACGCGAAGCGCGGGCAACUGAGGAAGGAGAUGAUGGGUAUACGGCGGAAGAAGAUGAUGUCGCUGCCUAUAACCGACUACGGCUACAGUGACGAGUCGGAGGAGGAGGAUGGCGAGUCAGAAGGGAAGCCCAAGGAGACGCCGGAGGAGAAGCAAGCGAGACUGGAGGAGGAGAAGCGGAAGGCCGAGGAGGAGCGGAUACGGCUGGAGCGGGAAAAGAAGGCAGCCGAGGUGCUGGAGUACAUCGAUUCGUGCCUGGAUAAGGCAGCAAAGGGGUGCGAGAACGCGGCUUUCCUGUGGUUGAAGGGUGAGGCGUGCUCGGGUCACGUCAAUUUCAUUGCGGGACGGAUGCAGGAUGCGGUUGACAGGAUCAAGGCCGAGAUUGCAAAGGCAGCGGAACCGAAGCCGGAACCAGUAGCAAAGAUUGAGCAGGACGACGAUGAGGGCCUUGGAGAUGAUGUUUAUAUGGAGGAUGCGGGCCAGCCACAGACAAUCAAGGUAGAUCAGAGGGAAGAGCAUUGUAUAGCACGUCCAAUCCGGCGUGCUGGCGGCUUUUAA